CUGGAGGGGGGCGGGGCUCCUCAAGUUCAAGUCCUCAUCCCAAAAUCCCGGAGCCCAGGCCCCUCCCCCUCAGUGCGGCGGCGGCGGAGGCUGAGGAGAGGACCGGGGCAUUGGGCGGCACUGAGGGGCUUCUCCGCGUCCCCCUACCUUUCCCUCACAGGCUGAUUUUGGGCGCCAUGAGAAACCCCUCGGAGCGGUUGUCAUGGUAACCGGGGGCGGCUGCAGGCCGGAGACAGCACCCGAGCGGCCCCGGAGAGGAGGAGGAGGAGACGGCUACUGACCGAGCGAGGAGAGGGACAGACAGAAGAGGAGGCUGACGAUCCCCAGGAUGGAGGACGGAUUCUCCAGCUACAGCAGCAGCCUCUACGACACCACCUCCCUCCUCCAGUUCUGUAAUGAUGACAGCGCCUCAGCCUCCAGCAGUAUGGAGGUGACGGAUCGCAUUGCAUCACUGGAGCAGCGGGUGCAGAUCCAAGAGGAUGAGAUACAGCUGCUGAAGUCCGCCCUGGCUGACGUGGUGAGGCGGCUCAACGUCUCCGAGGAACAGCACGCUCUGCAGAACCGGAAAGGACCCACCAAAGAUCAAAGUAUACAUAAGAGGUCAGAUCCUGACAGACAUUGCAGCUCUGCAGGUUCAGCUAGACCCCUGGUCCAGGCGUUACCGCUGAGAAACACUGUUAACAGUGACACCAUCUUACCAAAGAAACCGAGCAGUUCUCUCCCAUCACCUUCCGGGAACAGGAAAGAUAUUGUUCCACUAGGAUCCAAAAGCAAAUCUGUCCGUCUCGUGAAUUCAUGUAAAAUAACUAAAACCACCACAAGUAAUGUCAAAAGAACAAACUCUACGGAACGUAUCUCUCCUGGUGGCCGACGAGAAAGUGGAGGGGACUCCAAAGGCAGCCGAAACCGCGCCGGAUCUACCAGCAGCACGUCCAGCGGCAAAAAGAACAGUGAAUGCAAACCAAAAGAACCCAUCUUCAGCGCCGGGAAGCGGCGGGUGACGCAUUGUAAAGAGGAAGGUUAUGUCAAGAUGUUUCUGCGAGGACGUCCGGUGACAAUGCACUUGCCCAAAGACCAAGUGGAGUCGUAUAAUUUGGAAGCGAAAGUGGAACUUCCUGCCAAGAGACUGAAACUGGAAUGGGUCUAUGGCUACCGAGGUCGAGACUGUCGCACUAAUCUGUACCUUCUGCCAACCGGAGAGACGGUGUACUUCAUAGCGUCCGUCGUGGUGUUAUAUAACGUAGAAGAACAGCUGCAAAGACAUUACACAGGUCACAAUGAUGACGUCAAGUGCCUUGCCGUCCAUCCUGACAAAAUUACCAUAGCAACCGGCCAAGUUGCAGGUACAUCUAAGGAUGGAAAACAAUUGCCGCCACAUGUCCGUGUUUGGGAUUCCGUGACGCUUAACACAUUGCACGUCAUCGGCAUGGGCUUCUUCGAUCGCGCCGUCACAUGUGUUGCCUUCUCUAAAUCUAACGGAGGCGGAAACCUGUGUGCGGUCGAUGACUCCAAUGACCAUGUGCUCUCGGUUUGGGACUGGCAGAAAGAAGAGAAACUGGCUGAUGUUAAGUGCUCAAAUGAAGCCGUGUUUGUGUCAGACUUCCAUCCCACAGAUACAAAUAUCAUAGUCACAUGUGGUAAAUCUCAUCUGUAUUUCUGGACCUUGGAGGGAAAUUCUCUGAUCAAGAAACAAGGAUUAUUUGAGAAACAAGAAAAACCAAAGUUUGUUCUGUGCGUCACUUUUUCGGAAAAUGGUGACACCAUCACCGGAGAUUCAAGUGGAAAUCUCUUGGUUUGGGGAAAAGGUUCCAAUAGGAUUAGCCACGCAGUCCAAGGAGCCCAUGAUGGCGGUAUAUUUGCACUUUGCAUGCAGAGAGAUGGCACAUUGGUGUCCGGAGGAAAAGAUAGGAAACUUAUAUCCUGGGAUGGAAAUUACCAGAAGCUCAAUGUAGUGGAGAUUCCGGAACAGUUUGGUCCUGUGCGGACCGUCGCAGAAGGGAAAGGCGAUGUUGUGCUGAUUGGAACUACGAGAAACUUUGUCCUUCAGGGAACUUUAGCUGGAGACUUCAGUGCUAUUACCCAGGGUCACACUGAUGAACUGUGGGGAUUAGCUGCGCAGUCUCAGAAGCCUCAGUUCCUGACAUGUGGUCACGACAAGCAGAUAACUUUAUGGGACGCCAUCAGUCAUCAUCCCAUCUGGAACAAGAUCAUUGAGGACCCGGCCCAGUCUGCUGGCUUCCAUCCCAAUGGUUCUGUUGUAGCAAUUGGAACCCUGACGGGCAGGUGGUUUGUGUUAGAUACAGACACCAAAGACCUGGUCACUGUACAUACAGAUGGGAAUGAGCAGCUCUCCGUCAUGUGCUACUCUCCAGAUGGAAAUUUCCUUGCAAUCGGUUCCCAUGACAACUACAUCUAUAUUUAUGCUGUAAAUGAGAAUGGAAGGAAAUACAGUCGCAUUGGCAAAUGCUCAGGUCACUCCAGUUUUAUUACUCACUUGGACUGGUCUGUGAAUUCUCAAUAUUUGAUGUCUAAUUCUGGGGAUUACGAAAUCCUGUACUGGAUUCCCACAGCCUGCAAGCAAGUGGUCAGCGUGGAAACCACCAGAGACCUUGAAUGGGCUACAUAUACCUGCACGCUUGGAUUUCAAGUUUUUGGAGUGUGGCCUGAAGGAUCAGACGGGACAGACCUAAACGCGAUCUGCAGGUCCAACGAUCAGAAGCUUCUGGCUACAGGAGAUGAUUUUGGAAAAGUCCAUCUGUUCUCUUAUCCUUGCUCACAGUUUCGGACAUCGAGCCAUGCUUAUGGCGGGCACAGCAGUCACGUCACCAACGUCAGCUUUUUGCACGAGGAUAGCCAUUUAAUUUCAACCGGUGGCAAAGACAUGAGCAUCAUGCAGUGGCGCAUUCUCUAGUCUCCCGGACAGAACAAGCUAGAAGACACCGAGAGCAUCCUGUAAACCAACACAUGCCUUCCUAUAGCGAACACAGACGGCUCCCGAACGAGUUGUAAAGAACUCAGGAACCAAAUCCCCCCCGACCUAUCAUCAGUCCGAUCUCUUAGGAUCACCCCUUGGCUUCUAAUAAAGAGUGGGGGGGGGGGCGGCUGUCUGUGCCUGCUCUGAAUCCUGCAGAACAAUAUACGCAUUACAUUGUAACACAAAAAGCUUGAAGGUCUUAUAUUCUAUUCAGAUAUAACAUUCGCUGUUUAUAAUGUUCGGUCGGUUUAGCUUCCAUGACAAUAUUAAACCCUUCUUGUACAUGUAGAUCACAGAGAGGAAUGGAACUGGCACUCCUAGUCAUUAAAGGGGUACUCCGCCCCUAUCAUCUUAUCCCCUAUCCAAAGGAUAGGGGAUAAGAUGUCAGAUCACUGGGGUCCCGCUGCUGGGGACCCCCAGGAUC